CCGGCCGCGCCCCAGGAUCCUCCGCGGGACUCGAUGGCCGCGCCGGGGGCGGAGGCCGAGGUGUGCAGGUGCGACUGAACGCUCCAUGUUUGCGGGCGCGGGGAGGCUUGGCCUCCCCCAGGGCCACCGCCUGUGCUGGUUACUCUGCGCUUUCACCUUAAAGCUCUGCCAAGCAGAGGUUCCCGUGCGGGAAGAGAAGCUGUCAGUGAGCACUUCAAAUUUGCCCUGCUGGCUGGUGGAAGAGUUUGUGGUGGCAGAAGAGUGCGCUCCAUGUUCUAAUUUCCAGGCUAAAACCACUCCUGAGUGUAGUUCCACAGGGUAUGUGGAGAAAAUUACAUGUAGCUCAUCUAAAAGGAAUGAUUUCAAAAGCUGCCGCUCAGCUCUGAUGGAACAAUAUUUAUUCUGGAAAUUUGAAGGGGCUGUUGUGGUUGUGGCCUUGAUCUUCGCUUGCCUUGUCAUCAACCGCCAGCGACAACUGGACAGAAAAGCUCUGGAAAAGGUCCGGAAGCAAAUCGAGUCAAUAUAGCUGCCCUUUUAUCCUGGGUCUUUGAGACCCUAUCUCAGACAGAGAAAGUGGAAGGGACUGAUUUGCACCCUUGGUUCUUUGGAGCCUUGUGGUGGUACCCCCUUUCCUUUAUGUUCCUCUUCCAGAUCAUUAAUGAGCAGAAUAAAAAGAGUGAAAUAG